CUCUACAACAAUAUGGCCAAAAAUUGGGUGGUGCUUCCAAUCCUCCCCCUCCUCCUCCUCUUCACACAGGGCAGCACGCAAAUCCACCCUACCGACCUCGCCGCCCUCCGCCAAAUCAAGAACUCCCUCACCGCCGCCCAAUUCUUCUCCACCUGGGACUUCUCCUCCCCCGACCCCUGCUCCUCCUUCGCCGGCCUCACCUGCUCCGGCUCCCGCGUCACCAUCCUCACCCUCGGCACCGGCCUCUCCGACUCCCCCGGCCUCGCCGGCUCCCUCUCCCCCGCCAUCUCCCGCCUCUCCGCCCUCACCCAGCUCAUCCUCUUCGCCGGCAUUGUCACCGGCCCCAUCCCGCCGGACCUCGCCUCCCUCCGCCGCCUCAGGGUCAUCUCCCUCACCAACAACCGCCUCACCGGCCCCAUCCCGCCGGACCUCCUCCGUCUCCCGGACCUCCACACCCUCGACCUCAGCCGGAACCGCCUCUCCGGCGCCGUUCCGGCGCCGGCGCCCCGCCUCAAGAUCCUCGUCCUCGCCGGAAACCGCCUCUCCGGCGAAUUUCCCGGCGACCUCCCGCCGGAGCUCAUCCACCUCGACCUCAGCGGAAACUUACUCUUCGGCGAACUUCCGGCGACUUUGCCGCCGGCGCUCCGGUACCUGUCGGCGGCGAGCAAUCGCCUGUGGGGGCCGCUCCGCGGGUCCCUGGACCCGCUGAGCGACCUCGCCUACGUGGACUUGAGCAUGAACCAAUUCAGUGGGCCCGUCCCGGGCUCGCUGCUCCGCCCUGGCGUGGCGACGCUCCUCCUCCAACGGAACAAUCUCUCCGGCGGGAUUCCGGCGUCGGCGCCGUGGCCGGCGGUGGAGGGGUCGACGGUGGACCUGAGCCACAACUUUUUGUCCGGGGAGGUGGGGGCGGCGCUGGCCGGGGUGGAGACGCUUUUCUUGAACAACAACCGGCUGAGCGGCGGCGUGGCGACGGAGUACGUGGAGAGCGUGGUGGUGGGGACCAUGAAGACGCUCUACUUGCAGCAUAACUACCUGACGGGAUUCCCGUUGGAGGUGGGGUCCGCGCUGCCGGAUGCGGCAGCGGUGUGCGUGUCGUAUAAUUGCAUGGCAGCGCCGCCAUUGGGGCUGGCGGCGUGCCCCGUCAGCGCCGGAGACCAGCUAUCGAGGCCGGCCUAUCAGUGCGCCGGAUUUCAUAAUUCUUUGGAUUGAUAUUUUUGAUAUAGCUCUUUUUUUUUUUUUUAAUUAUAUCGGUUGAUAUUAUUAACCGGCUAUUCUAUGCAACACAAGAUGUAAUAAUUAUAGAUUUGAUGAAAUUAGAGAGAUUGCAAAAGGAUGGUAUACAGAAAAAAAAAAAAAAAAAAGGUAUUAAAUCAUGUGUUGCAUAGAAUUUCCAUAAUUCGCAAUAUUAUAGUAUAUGAAGGAGUGGCAAUAUAGGUUAGUGUCUCUCUCUUUUUAAUUUUAUAUUUUGUUGGUGUUGUUGGUAAUUGUCUGUUAUUACUUUCAAAUAUAUUUUGUCUUUCAUAUCCUUA